ACUGCGGCAACAUGCCUCCUGCUAAUUUAUUUAUGGUAUCAGAUUGUAGGAAUAGAGCUGGUUUGGGCAAAAAACAAUGCAAGUAACUGUUACCCUCAUUAAGGCUAAAUAAAUGUUUGCUGUGUGUAUAGUUGUACGAUGAACUAUUUUAUUCAAAAACUCCAGCUCCACUGUUUGCCCAGUCUGCUCUUCUCAGUCUGGCCUCAGUCCAAAACCACACCUACUGCAGCCUGAGAAGCAGAAAGUUCCUCCCACUGUCACACACAGAUGACUGAGAAAACGAAACGGAAUCCUAUCAGUAUGCUUGUGGUAAAAUGGCAGAAGCCAGAGUUGCAGUGGAUUCAGCUGAGUUCAGCUGUGCAAUCUGUCUGGAUCUACUAAAGGAUCCAGUGACUAUCAACUGUGGACACAGUUACUGUAUGAGCUGCAUUAAGAGCUGCUGGGAUCAGGAAGAUCAUGCUGGAGUUUACAGCUGCCCCCAGUGCAGACAGACCUUCACACCCAGACCUGUUCUGGGCAGAAAUACCAUACUGGCUGAAAUGGUGAAGAAACUGAAGAAGACUAGACUACAAGCAGCUACUGCUGCUGACCAUUAUGCUGGACCUGGAGAUGUGGAGUGUGACGCCUGUACUGGAAGAAAACACAAAGCUGUCAAGUCCUGCCUGGUGUGUCUGGCCUCUUACUGUGAAACUCACCUCCAGCCUCACUAUGAGUCUCCAGCUUUUAAGAAGCACAAGCUGACUGAUGCCACUGGACGUCUGCAGGACAAGGUCUGUUCCCACCAUGACAAACCCCUGGAUGUCUACUGCUGUACCGACCAGCAGUGUAUCUGCUAUCUCUGUACGAUGGAUGAACACAGAGGCCAUGAUACAAUCUCAGCUGCUGCAGGAUGGGCAGAGAAACAAAAACAAAUGGGUGAAACACAGAGGGAAUUUCAGCAGAGAAUUCAGAUGAGAGAGAAGGAGCUGCAGGAGCUGAGAGAGGCUGUGGGCUCAUUCACAAGAUCAGCACAGUCAGCAGUGGAGGACAGUGAGAGGAUCUUCACUGAGAUGAUCUGCUCCAUUGAGAGAAGACGCUCUGAGGUGACACAGCUGAUCAGAGAUCAGGAGAAGGCUGCAGUGAGUCAGGCUGAACGAGACAUGGAGAGACUGAAGCAGGAGAUCGAUGAACUGAAGAGGAGACACUCUGAGCUGGAGCAGCUUUCACACACAGAGGAUCACCUCCAUUUCCUCCAGAGGCACCAAACUCUUCCUGUCAACCCUGAAGCUGGAUUUGGACCUAGAAUCUCUGUCAGUCCAAGAUCUGAUUUUGGGAAUUUGAGCAAGGUGGUUUCUGAACUGAAAGAUCAACUGGAGAAUGUUUGCAGAAUGAAAAUGGCAGAGAUCCAUCACCCAGUUACCAAAGACACUGUCGUACCGGUAUCAGUGCCCAGGACCAGAGCAGAAUUCUUACACUGUGAGUCUGUUCACACACACGCUUCUCUCUCCCUGUAUGAGACUCCUGCCAGCUGAUGCUGAACCCCAACACAACACACAGACGCCUGUCUCUGUCAGAGGGGAACAGGAAGGUGACACGGGUGGCAGAGCAGCCAUAUCCUGAUC